AUGCCGCCAUUCGAGGCACCUGUCAGCGCGUCGGCUUCCGAUGCGAGCAUAUCCAGACGAGGCAUCGCUAGAACGACCUCAUCCCAUUUGAGACCCGAAGAUGCAUUCCUUGCAAACUCCCCGCCACAUCGAUCGAGCAACAACAAUGGCGCCCCCGGUGGCAGGAGGAAAAGAGAUAACCAUGGCAGUCGUAGCGCAAGUCGACGAAGACCUCGGACAUGGAAGAAGCUGCUCUGGGUAAAACAAGCAUAUCCCGACAACUACACGGACGAGGAGACAUUUCUAGACCAUUUGCAACGCAAUCCGCGCCUACGGCCAUAUGACUUCUGGCCUCUUGUCGCAGACUCGACUGUGAUCGUACAACACAUCGGUUCUGUCAUUAUUUUUGUUUGUUGCUUUGUCGGCAUCUUCCAAAAGCGUGUUUCGCCUGUGUCCGUCCCUAAUGGCAUUGGCACAUCUGCAAGCUACAGCUAUUACCCACCUUACGAGACCCAGACUUCUUCACUUUCGCCUCGCAACCAGGAAAGAUUGGCCACCGCUAAAUCUGCAAUUCUGAUCUACUGUGCCUUGCUAGGUCUGAGCCCAAUUCUCAAGUCUUUGACCUUAUCGACAUCUCCCGAUUCUAUUUGGGCCAUGAGUUCGUGGCUUCUGAUCAUCAACAUCUUCACGUUCGAUUACGGUGCUGGCACCGAAUCGAAAUUUCCUGCUUCUCUUUCGACAAAUGCUGCUUUGAUGGCGUCUACAGUCUUGGCCUCUCGCCUUACUUACACUAACGAAGUGUUUAGCCUGACGCUUUUCAGUAUCGAGGUUUUUGGCUUGUUUCCUGUUUUCAGACGACAUGUCCGACACUCAUCUUGGACGGGUCACCUGCUCUUGACCGCCCUGAUCGUCCUCGGCGCGGGAAGUGGACUUUGUGUCACCAUCACAGGAGGAGGCUGGAAAGCUGGAGUCAUUGGUGCAAUCCUUGGUGGUAUGCUCACAUGUCUUGCUAUGGGCAUCACCAGCUGGUGGCUUAUAGGAUUACAAAGAUACAAGAACGAGAUACAUGGGCCUUGGGAUCCGGCACGCCCUAUCAUACGACGACAUUGGGACUGA